AUGCAGCAGCCCCUCCCCACACAGGUGGGAAGAAAGCAGCCCCUCACCCACCAGCCGGCAACGGAACAGCCCCUCGCCCAGCAGUCGGCAAUGCGGCAGCCCCUAAUCCAGCAGCCCGAAACGCAGCAGCCCCUCAACCAGCAGCUGCCGGCUACGCAGCAGCCCCUAACACAGCUGCCGGAAGCACAGCAGCCCCUCCUCCAGCAGCCGGUAAUGCAACAGCCCCUCACCCAGCAACCGGCAACUCAGCAGCCCCUCACCCAGCAGCCGGCAACGGAGCAGCCUCGCACCCAGCAGCCGGCAACUCAACAACCCCUAACCCAUCUGCCAGCAACGCAGCAGCCCCGAACGCAACAGCCGGCAACACAGAAGCCCCUUACCCAGCAGUCAGCAACGCAGCAGCCGGCUAGCAGCAGCCCAUAA